GCAAGGCUUUUUGCGACAGGACGUAAGUGACGACGAACGUGGUGCGACAGCUGCUGGAGGGCUGAGGAGGCGGAGCGGCGGGUCCUGUCCUCGCCAUGAGGCCGCAGCAGGCGCCGGUGUCCGGGAAGGUCUUCAUUCAGCGAGACUACAGCAGUGGCACCCGCUGCCAGUUCCAGACCAAGUUCCCCGCGGAGCUGGAGAACAGGAUUGAUAGACAGCAGUUUGAAGAAACAGUUCGAACUCUAAAUAACCUUUACGCAGAAGCGGAGAAGCUUGGGGGCCAGUCAUACCUUGAAGGCUGUCUGGCCUGUUUAACAGCAUACACCAUCUUCUUAUGCAUGGAGACUCAUUACGAGAAGGUCUUGAAGAAAGUCUCCAAAUAUAUUCAAGAACAGAAUGAGAAGAUAUAUGCUCCCCAAGGCCUCCUCCUAACAGACCCCAUUGAGAGAGGACUUCGAGUUUUUAGAUUGAAAUCACCAUCUAUGAAGACAGAGGUGUGAGCAGUGGGAGAUAAACUGUAGACGUGAAGAUCCCACCUCCAGCUGGGACCUUCGUCUAUCUACUGGCUGAUGGCAGAGUGUCCCUACCUCCUCUCCAGAGCGUUAAUCUCUUGUCUCUGCUGCCAGAGCCACGGUGCCACACCUGGAGUGACCGCUCGUCACUCAGCAUCCACUUUGUGUCUCCCAAUUGUGUAGGACUCUGUGAUCUUUGAUUUGUUUCCAAGAAAACACAAGGAAGCAAUUCACUUUUAAAAAUUCAAAGCCAUUUAAAAACCAGGCAGUUGGACAGCCCAAGACAAAGUCGUUUUCUUACCUGGCACCAGUCUCACUGGUUCUCCUCGUCCCGCGGGUCAGUUUCCUAGGUGGCUUUAUAAUUCCACGAGUCGUGUCUUAGCUCAGUUCUUCCCCAGAUUAGCAACAGGCUUCGAGGGUGUGUUAUGCCUGUGGUCCGGCUAACCUGCUGCCCGGAUUCCCCACGCUACCAGCCUUGGUGCUUCAGCUCUAAGACUGACUCCUACCGUUCAGCGUCAGAAGCUCCUUGAGAGAAUAAUCCCUUACUUGUUCUAGCAUUGCAGUCACCAUUAGAGCAGUAUUUAAAGCAGUUCAGGUUAUUUCUUUGAAGGCAUUUCUGUCAAUGUGCAUUACCUCGAAGUGUUGGGGGGGAUAGUGUGUGUGUUGCUUGUUCAGUACACAGAUCCGUAAGCACAAUAAGCCAGACACUCGGCCACCAGAUGCUGCCCCAGCUCCGCCCCCCAGCUCCGCCCCCCAGCUCCGCCCCCGUGUGGUGAGCAGGCACCCUAAGCACCUGACUCUAGUUUUGUUACAGAUGUAACUUAGGAGAAAAAAGUGGUAGGAAUAACACUGUAUGUUGCUAAUUUGUAACCUACUUAUAAACUCUGAUUCCUAGCCUCCUCACAUACAGUAUUCAGGGCACAGAAAUCUUUUGAUUGACUCAAGUAAGUUUUGGCUUCCAUGUAACUUGCAAGUUCCAGUUAACUUUCCCAGCUCUUCUUUAUCUCUGUCCUCUCCGUAUUGGAAUUUCGUGUGUCCUUUCUUUUAGGAGUUUGAGAGCACUGUUUGGAAGAAGUUAAGAGACAUAAGGAAUGAACAAAGCAGUUACAAGUUGAACUUUUAGAGAUAUUGUAGGUGCUAAUACUGGAUUUAAUCUUUCAGAUUUAAUUUGUUUUUGGGCCGUGUAGUGAUUCAGUAAACUCCUUAGCUCUGUGUAAUAAUUUAAUUGUUCAACCCUCAUUUGUUCCUUUAAAGCCUAGACUAGUCUGUCUGCCUUUUAAACUCCUUGCAAUAAUGUUGGCAAAAUAUUAACACAUUAGUAAAACUUUUCUUAAAUAAACCUCUCUGUGUCUUA